AUGUUUAAUGUUUUUUCAGCAGCUUUUUUAGAUAAUAAUAAUAUAAAUAAAAAUGAUAAUGUUUUAGGAAAAACAAUUUCAACAAAUGCAAAUAAUGAAAAUGAAAGAACAAAAAAUUUAGCAUUAAAAGACCGAUUAGCCACUGUAAGAAAUGUUCAGAAUAUAUUAAAUAAGAAAAAUAUAAAUAAGACAGAUGAAAACGAAGAAAAAAAAACCUUAAAUAAUAAUUUUAAAACAAAUACUGGAAUAGAAAAUAAUAAGCCAACAAUAACUAACGAAAGCACAUUUAAUCGUUUUAAAAAUUAUUCCAGUGUAGUAAAUGAAAAACAAAAUGAAGAGUUGGAAAAAAAAUUAAAGAAAAGAAAAAGAAGAAAAAAACAUGUCAUUUUAAUGGAAAGAAUGAAGCAAAAGGAAAGGGAAAAAAGAAAACAAAGAAAAAUGGAACAAGAACAAAAUGGAGAGGAAGAAUAUGAUGAUGAAGAACAUGAAGAGGGUGAGGAUGAUAAUGAGGAUGAAUAUGUUAGACAAAAUAAUGAACAGGAAGAACAUUAUGAGGAUGAAGAAUAUGAUGCUGAAAUAGAACACAACAACAACAACAACAAUAAUAAUAAUAAUAAUAAUAACAGAUCUUUUAAAUUUAAUAGAUCAUCAAAAAAUAAAUAUGACGAAAAAGAUUAUAAUAAUCAUAAAAAAGAUAAAGGAGAUGAUGAAGAAUAUGAAGAUGAUCAUGAAGAAAAUGAUGAUGGUUAUGAUGAAGAUGGUGGAGGCUCUUAUAAUAAUAAUAAUACAAAUGAUGGUAAUCCAUUCAAUAAAAAAAAUUAUCAUGCCUCAGGGAAUGCAAACAAUACAUAUAGUCAUACAACUUCUAGUAGUAAUAACCAUAAUAAUGAUAAUUCAAAUAAUCAACAAAAUAUGAAACCCAAAAGAAAAAGAAGAAAGAAAAAAGAAAUGGAAGAAUAUAGAGCACGCUUAUUAAAAGAAAAAAUGCAUCAACAAAAUUCAUUAAGCAGUCUUUUAAAUAAAACCAAUAGUUUUAAUAAAAAUGACAAUAAUAGUAACCAAGAAGAAAUUAAAGUAAAAAGAAGAAGAGGUAGACCUAAAGCAAGUGAAGUAGCUGCUAUUAAUAUUAUGAAUGAUAAAAUGAAACAAAAUGAUAUAAGAAAAUAUUAUAGCAAAAAUAGUGAUAAUGGAUUUAUGAAAAAAAAUAGUAUGAACGAAAAAAAUAAAGAGCAACAAAAUGAAGAAGCAAAUAAUAAUGUUUUUAAAAUUAUUAAAAGUUCAAUACAAGAAAAUUCUUCUUUUAUGAAAAGAUCACCAAAUGAAAUUGUAGAAUUAGAAAAAAAUUAUAAAAAUAAUAUAAAAAAAGGAGUAACAUGUAUACCUUUAAAUUAUCAAAGUAAAGGUGGUGCAAUGGCUAUUAUAUUAAUAGGAACUGAUACUACAUAUGGACCUGUAAAAAAUUCAUAUGGAUUUAUGACUUUUCUUGUAUUAGAUUGUCAUACAAAUAAUUUUUUUAUUGAUACAGGAAUUAAAAAUAAUGUUAUCGAAUGUGAAAAACAUAUGCAACUUUUAAUAAGUCCAGGUGAUAUGUAUAUGUUUAAAAAUCAAAGUCACGAAAUGGAAGCAAGGUUAUUGUUAAUUGUUUGUAAUAAAAUGAAUCAACCGUUUGACGCAAAAAUGCAUAUAAAAGACCCACAAAUCAACAACGAAAAAUAA